ACACUUAUUAUUAUCUCCUUCAGAAAAAAAUUUGGAUAGAGAAGAGAAUGAGCUCCUUGGGAUUUUCUGUUGGGACAUGUUCUCCUCCGAUUGAGCAAAGAAAAUGCAGAGUUCUUCUGAGUAAUAGCUUAAGCAAAGGAGAAGCUAUUAACUUGAGAAGCAAACAAAAAGUUUCUGAUCCUGAGUUAAGUCUUGUUCAAUCAGCUUCAUGUGGUAGAAGAGAAACAAUUAUUGGUUUUGGUUUCUGUAUUGGCUUUGUUGAUAAUGUUUCAGCAUUAGCAGAAACAAGUUCUGUUGAGUUCACUGUAUCUCCUUCUGGUCUUGCUUUUUGUGAUAAAGUUGUUGGAUAUGGUCCUGCAGCUGUCAAAGGGCAGCUAAUUAAGGCACAUUAUGUAGGGAGGUUGGAGAAUGGGAAAGUAUUUGAUAGUAGCUAUAACAGAGGAAAGCCUCUAACUUUCCGAAUAGGUGUUGGUGAGGUGAUUAAAGGUUGGGACCAGGGAAUCCUUGGCUCUGAUGGAAUUCCUCCUAUGCUUACCGGUGGGAAACGAACAUUGAAAAUUCCUCCAGAACUCGCGUAUGGUGAUCGGGGCGCAGGUUGCAAAGGAGGCUCAUGCCUAAUACCUCCAGCUUCGGUUCUUCUCUUUGACAUUGAGUUCAUAGGUAAAGCUUGAGAGAGUAUUUGCUUCAUGCUUUUCCUUUUCCCAAGCAAUUCGAAUCAUCUUUAUAGAAACAAUAUUUUGAGUAAUCAACUUUUUUGCCGCGAUGUAAUCAUGUGAAUUUCUCUGGCUCUUUUUAACUUACUUUGGUUCAUGUACGUUUGCUUACAGAAAUUGAAAAUCUCAAUAAAACAAGUAAAA